GUGGAGGGUGGGCGGAACCCUCCUCCGGCUCAGGGAUGCUCAGGGCAGCCCCACCCCUGACAGCUGAGUAGGCGCGAGUUGAGAGUGGCGGGUGCGCUGGCCCGGGCGUUCCCUCUGGCCUUUCCUGCUUCAGCACCUGCCUCACUCUACAGCUGCAAGCUGCUCGCCUCCAGGCGCUGACAAUUCUCCAGCUGACUUGAUUAAAGCGCAAACAGUCUAUGGCUUGGAUGACUUGCGUUUCACAUUGGUUUGAGCAAGAUGAUUGGUAUGAAGGACUACAAAGAGCGACAAUGUCCCAGGUCAGGCAAGUGGGCCUGCUGGCUGCUGGGUGUCAGCCCUGGAACAAAGAUGUGUGUGCUGCCAACGGAGACCGGUUUGCAUACUGCGCAACUCUGGCCAUCUAUAUCUACCAGUUGGAUCACCGUUAUAAUGAAUACAAGCUUCAUGCCAUCAUGUCAGAACAUAAAAAAACAAUCACAGCAAUCUCAUGGUGUCCACAUAACCCCGACCUGUUUGCAAGCAGCAGUACUGAUAACUUAGUGAUCAUCUGGAAUGUCGCAGAGCAGAAAGUCAUCGCUAAACUUGACAACAUCAAAGGGGCACCUGCCUGUCUUGGCUGGUGCUGGAACACAAAUGAUGCUGUGGCAUUUGUUUCUCAGAAAGGCCCACUGCUCAUUUGGACCAUCUCUGGACCAGAUAGUGGAGUAUCUGUACACAAAGACGCUCAUAGUUUUGUGUCUGAUAUAUGUAUAUUUCGAUGGCACACCCAAAAGAAGGGAAAAGUUGUAUUUGGUCAUACUGAUGGAAGUAUAUCAAUUUUUCAGCCCGGUAGUAAAAAUCAAAAACACAUCCUGAAACCUGAACCUCUUGAAGGAACAGAUGAGGAGGAUCCAGUUACAGCCCUGGAGUGGGACCCACUAUCCACUGAUUAUCUUCUGGUGGCUAAUUUGCACCAUGCGAUUCGUCUCCUGGAUUCUGAGUCACUUUAUUGCAUCACAACAUUUAAUUUUCCCAGUGCAGCAGUGUCUGUGCAGUGCCUAGCUUGGGUUCCGAGUGCUCCAGGCAUGUUUAUAACUGGAGAUUCUCAAGUGGGUGUUUUACGUAUUUGGAAUGUUUCAAGAACAACACCUAUCGAUAAUUUUAAAAUAAAGAAAACUGGAUUUCACUGCUUACAUGUAGUUAAUUCUCCUCCAAAGAAAAAAUUUUCAGUCCAGUCUUCAGACAAAAAUCACUAUACAUCUUCCACAAGUGAAGCAGUUCCACCGAAUAUGACACAGAAUCAAGCAUUUUCUCUUCCUCCUGGUCAUGUGGUAUGCUGUUUCCUGGAUGGUGGAGUUGGGCUUUAUGACAUGGGAGCCAAGAAGUGGGAUUUUCUUAGAGAACUGGGACAUGUGGAAACUAUAUUUGACUGCAAAUUCAAACCCAAUGAUCCAAAUCUUUUAGCAACAGCUUCAUUUGACGGCACUAUAAAAGUUUGGGAUAUAAACACGUUGACAGCAGUGUAUACUUCUCCUGGUAAUGAAGGGGUCAUUUUUGCUCUUUCAUGGGCUCCAGGUGAUUUAAAUUGCAUUGCUGGGGCAACUUCCCGAAAUGGUGCUUUUAUUUGGGAUAUUCAAAAAGGCAAGAUUAUACAGCGAUUUAAUGAGCAUGGAAAAAAUGGAAUAUUCUACAUUGCCUGGAGUCAUAAAGAUUCUAAAAGAAUAGCAACCUGCAGUGGUGAUGGUUUUUGUAUUAUUUGGACAAUUGAUGGUAAAGUACUGCACAAGUACAAACACCCAGCUGCCGUGUUCGGUUGUGAUUGGAGCCAAAACAACAAAGACAUAAUAGCCACUGGCUGUGAAGACAAAAAUGUUCGUGUCUUUCAUGUAGCCACCGGCUCUAAUCAGCCACUGAAAGUGCUUAGUGGGCACACAGCAAGAGUGUUCCAUGUUAGGUGGUCUCCUCUGAGGGAAGGGAUUCUCUGCAGUGGUUCUGAUGAUGGCUCUGUUCGGAUCUGGGAUUAUACACAAGAUGCUUGCAUUAACAUUCUUAACGGCCACACAGCACCUGUGAGGGGAUUGAUGUGGAACCCUGAGAUUCCUUACCUCCUGCUGUCUGGAAGCUGGGACUAUACUAUUAAAGUCUGGGAUUCUCGAGGAGGAGUUUGCCUUGACACUGUGUACGAUCAUGGUGCAGACAUAUAUGGUUUAUCUUGCCAUCCAAGUCGCCCAUUCACCAUGGCUUCCUGCUCCCGCGAUUCUACAGUGAGACUCUGGUCAUUAAUACCUUUAAUCACCCCUUUACAAAUAAAUAUUCUGGCAGACAGAUCUUGGGAAGAAAUUAUCGGGAGCACUGAUAAUGCUGUAGAAAAAGGCACCCCUCCUCUACUGUGUGGGAAAGCAUCAAGAGACAUUAAACAAGAAGUAGAAAAACUAACGUGUAACCCUCGAAUGAAAAAACUAAGACUGUUUUCAGAAUGUUUAUCACCUCCAGGUGGCAGUGACAACUUGUGGAACUUGGUUGCUGUGAUCCAAGGGCAAGAUGAUAGCCUGCUUCCUCAGGACUACUGCAAAGGCGUGAUGCACUUGAAGCACCUCGUUAAAUUUAGAACAUCCAAAGCCCAAGAACUAACAACAAUCAAGAUGUCUAAAUUUGGUGGUGGUAUUGGCGCACCUACUAAGGAGAAAAAGCUGAAGGAAGCUGCUGAAAUUCACCUGAGACUAGGACAAAUUCAGAGAUACUGUGAACUUAUGGUGGAACUUGGAGAGUGGGACAAAGCCUUGUCAGUUGCACCUGGAGUCUCUGUGAAAUACUGGAGGAAGUUAAUGCAGAGGAGAGCUGACCAAUUAAUUCAAGAAGAUAAGGAUGAUGUCAUCCCAUACUGUAUAGCCAUUGGUGAUGUGAAAAAACUUGUCAAUUUUUUUGUGUCCAGGGGUCAGCUCAAGGAAGCGCUGCUUGUGGCACAGGCUGCCUUUGAGGGAAAUAUUCAAACCUUACAUGUUUCUACACCAAGGAGAACUUCAUAUUCUGAUGAUAUCUACAGAGAAGACUUUAAUGAACUCCUACACAAAGUCAUACAUGAGCUGGCAGAAUGGUAUUUUCAGGAUGGCCGAGCAGUGUUGGCUGCAUGCUGCCAUCUCGCUGUAGAUGAUAUUGAGCUUGCUAUGGCAUACUUGAUCCGUGGGAAUGAACUAGAGCUGGCAGUCUCGGUGGGUACUGUCCUAGGAGAUCCUGCAGCCCAAGCCACUCAUUAUGCUCUGCAGCUUCUGGCAAGAAAAUGCAUGAUGAUUCCAAUGUGGAACUUGGCAGCUGAUCUUCUCCUGAUGACUCCUGACAAUGAAGUAGAUUUAGUGAAGCUCUGUGCCUUCUACCCAGGGUGCACUGAAGAAAUAAAUGAUCUCCACAAGAAGUGCAAGCUACCCCCAGCAGAAGAAUGCAUCCAGCUAGCUGAAACAGCCCAUGCAGAUGGCAAUGUAUUUGAAACCAUAAAGUAUUAUUUACUAAGCCAAGAACCCGAAAAGGCUCUUCCUAUUGGUAUUGAUUUUGUCAAAGGAUGGAUGAGUAACUCAAACUGGACCGUAGAUACCGUUUACCCUGUGCUUGACCUACUGAGUUACAUCCGUACUGAAAAGCUACUCUUGCAUACAUGCACUGAGGCUCGAAAUGAAUUACUCAUAUUAUGUGGGUACAUUGGUGCCUUACUGGCUAUCAGCAGACAUUAUCAAAGCAUUGUUCCUGCACUUUAUGAGUACACGAGUCAGCUAUUAAAACGCCGAGUGGUGUCAGUACCUUUAAAAAUCGAACAUCUCUCCAAGGAAUUGGAUGCAUGGAGAGCUUGCACACAGUUUGCCAACCAAUCGCCAGAAGAUUCUCCAUGUACUCCCCCUUCUGAUUCACAAAGAAUGGUUUAUGAAACUUUGUUAAAGAGACUGAAAGAAGAGCCACUCAAAGGAAUUACAGGACCUGAUUAUGUGACUGGAUCAAAUCUUCCAAGCCAUUCAGACAUUCACAUCUCUUGUCUUACUGGACUAAAAAUCCAGGGCCCCGUGUAUUUCCUGGAAGAUGGGAAAUCGGCUAUUUCUUUGAAUGAUGCUCUGAUGUGGGCAAAGGUGAAUCCAUUCUCACCUUUAGGAACUGGAAUACGACUCAAUCCAUUUUGACUGAAGAUUUUUCUUCAUACUUUGUAGUUUUGUAAAAAGAGAACUUGGGGUAUUUAUAACUUUGAUUUUGGUUGGGAGAUGGGUUGGUAUUGGAAAAUAUGAGGAAUAAUAUUAAAUUUUAUUAAUUUGAAAAAUAAAAUAUUUAUAUAAUUCCAAAGAAAAAUAUGUAUCUCAUUGAUAAAUGAUAUUACUUUUAUUUAUAAGGAAGUUUUAAAUUAAUUAUAAAGGGCUAAAUAAUCUGCAAAGCAGAUAGGCUUUAAAAGACAUGAAUGUCAACAAAAUACUGUACUGUUAAAAUAUUUAAACACAUAAAAUAGUACAUCAUUUAGAAGAUUUCUUGGCACAUAGGAGGUAUUUGAUGAAUAUUUAAAUGAAUAUCUUGAAAUAUCAAAAUUUAUGGAAUACACAGGUGAUUUCAAUUCAACAAGCUCCCAUAUGAUCAUUUAUAAUAAUUAGUUUCAAAUAAAUUUAUGUAAAUA